CGGGCCCCGGAAGCGGCGGCGCAGCGAUGGCGGCGGACGGGAGGGCCGCGGUGGCCGAGUUGCAGGCGGAGGGGGAAGCGGAGGGCGGCGGCAGCGAGCCAGAGGGCGGCUUCGGGCAGCUGCUGGAGGAGGAGGAGGACGGGGAGGAUAACGGCUACGUGCUGUACAGGGACAGGAAGGAAUGGGCCGAUAUUGAACCUGUACCUCAAAAUGAUGGGCCAAAUCCUGUUGUUCAGAUCAUCUACAGUGAAAAAUUCCGAGAUGUCUAUGAUUACUUCCGGGCUGUUCUGCAGCGGGAUGAGAGAAGCGAAAGAGCUUUCAAGUUAACAGCAGAUGCCAUUGAGUUAAAUGCUGCAAACUACACAGUAUGGCAUUUCCGGAGAGUCCUCCUGCAGUCUUUGGGAAAGGAUCUCCAUGAGGAACUUAAGUACAUUACAGCUAUCAUUGAAGAUCAGCCAAAGAACUACCAAGUCUGGCAUCACAGGCGGGUGCUGGUUGAGUGGCUGCAGGAUCCAUCCAGAGAGCUUGAGUUCAUAGCUGACAUUCUUAACCAAGAUGCCAAAAAUUACCAUGCCUGGCAACACAGACAAUGGGUUAUUCAGGAGUUCAAACUAUGGGACAAUGAACUGGACUAUGUAGACCAGCUUUUGAGAGAAGAUGUGAGAAACAACUCAGUUUGGAACCAACGACACUUUGUCAUUUUCAACACCACUGGCUAUGAUGACCCAGCAGUCCUAGACAGAGAAGUCCGGUACACUCUUGAGAUGAUCACUGCAGUGCCACAUAAUGAGAGCGCUUGGAACUACUUAAAAGGGAUUCUACAGGAUCGUGGUCUUUCUAAGUAUCCAAAUCUGCUGGAGGAACUGUUGAAUUUACAGCCCAGUCACAGUUCACCCUAUCUGAUUGCCUUUCUUGUGGACAUAUAUGAAGACAUGCUAGAAAACCAGUGCGAUAACAAGGAAGAAACACUGAACAAGGCACUGGAGUUGUGUGAAAUUCUGGCUAAAGAAAAAGACACCAUCCGAAAAGAGUACUGGAGAUACCUUGGAAGGUCCCUUAAGAGCAAGCACAGUUCAGGCACUGAACAAAGCAGCACAGUGACAGAUAAACAGCAGUAACUGAAGAUGGAAGAAAACAGUGUUAAGCUCUCAAGCUGUUCUAAAGCUGUACUAAGUAGGGUCAUCAACAAGUUUAAAGUCCAGUUGUCGGUAUUGCAAUGAAAGAGGAGUGCAGACUGCUGUAUAGUCCUGGGUUGCUGCUGCUACUGGUAAUACCUCUAGUUUCAGUCAAGAAAUGUAUUAAGGCUUAAUUAUUGAAAUGUACCAAGUAAAGGUUUUAGUUCCUAACUAAAAAUACAUAAAGCUAUACCUUACUAUAUUGGCAGUGCUCAGUUAACAGUUGGCCUUGACCUUAUAGAGGUUUUUUCCAACGUAAAUUACUCUAUGAUUCUGUGAAGCACUAAAACCAUUUCUGGCUUACCCACUUGUGGUUCCUAGCUCUAUCUCAUCAGAUGCUGCAGUAAUGACUGCAGGUAACUUAGCUAUAGGGGAUAUAAAGUAACCUGGUUAGUGCAAGUAGGCACUGCAGCUGUUGCCUUACGUGGGAGCAGCUGUGUGACACUGUCAGCCUAUGCUGUUGUAUGCAACUAACACCAAGUGUAAUUUUGUAAUAAAAAUAGAUAACUUAGA